CUAUUUGGCUGGGAACUGGCUGGGGCGGGGCGGGCCUUACCAGGUUGUGGUUGGCAGUGUUGGAGUCAUCCUCAGGGAAGGGGAUGUAAACUCCCAGGGCCACGCAGUUGGCAAAGAUGGUCAGCAGGAUGAGGAUGUCGAAGGGCCUCAGGUGGACACAGUCAAGGACCCUGGCAGAGUGGCAUUGGAACCCCCCUACUCCCUUGGGAACCUCCCACCCAGUGCUGACCCUUGACGCCCAAGGUGACAGGUCCUGGCAUUCUCGACCCCUGCCCUGACAAGGCCUUGACUUUGUCCCUCCUGGAAACCUUAACCAUCCCCAACUCUUGCUGUGAUUCAGUCCUUGACUCUUGAACCCUGGUGACCUUUGCCUUUCUGAACCUGCCCCCCAACCCAGUUCUUGACUCUUGACCUUGAUGAUCUCAGCCCUCCUCUAUUCCAGCCCUGACCCAAUUCUUUACUCCUGGUACCCUGAUGACCCUUACCCCUGGGCCCUGCCCCUGCCUUCCAGGAUGCUUCCACUCCACGAUGCUGAUGCAGGACCGUCGCAGAGGAUUGGCCAGGGUGAGGCAGAAGAGUGCCCGAGAUGAGAAAAUUGAGAAGAAAAAGUUAAGUGACUUGCUGAAGUGGCUGAAUGGGGAGUCACACUCAGUCUAACUCUAGAGCCCUCAUGGCUUACUACCACCAUCAAAGAUGGUGUCUUGCUGUAUUGCCCAUGCCGGUCUCAAACUCCUGACCUCAAGCGAUCCUCCCGUCUUGGCCUCCAAAACUGCUGGGAUUGCAGCCUAGAAGAUGAAUGCCGCCUUAAACGAAUGAGUCAGGAAGCCCCUUUCUGUCCGGCCCCUCCACUCCCCACCACACGGGUUGUUCCUUUUUCCCUUGGAAGAGCCCACUGGACUGCAGGUGGAAGAACUACAGUUCCCAGCAGCUAUUGCAAGCUCAACCUCCGUGCACACUCACCCCAGGCCUCACAUCCGGCAUGCGCCGUGCUCGCUCACAGAACUACACUUUCCAACUCUCCCCACACGACCCGUGACACUCUGUGGACCGCGAGCACGGAGCAGGGUUUCUACAGCUGCUCCCCACUUUCUCGGACCCGGUCCUGGACCCAGCCCCCGACUCCGACACGGCUCCACCAUGGAGGAGGCGGACCGAAUCCUCAUCCAUUCGCUGCGCCAGGCCGGCACGGCAGUUCCUCCAGAUGUGCAGACCUUGCGCGCCUUCACCACUGAGCUGGUUGUAGAGGCUGUGGUCCGCUGCCUGCGUGUGAUCAACCCUGCGGUGGGCUCUGGCCUCAGCCCUCUGCUGCCUCUUGCCAUGUCUGCCCGGUUCCGCCUGGCCAUGAGCCUGGCUCAGGCCUGCAUGGACCUGGGCUAUCCCUUGGAGCUUGGCUAUCAGAACUUCCUCUACCCCAGUGAGCCUGACCUCCGAGACCUGCUUCUCUUCUUGGCUGAGCGUCUGCCCACCGAUGCCUCUGAGGAUGCAGACCAGCCUGCAGGUGACUCAGCUAUUCUCCUCCGGGCCAUUGGGAGCAAAAUUCGGGACCAGCUGGCACUGCCUUGGGUCCCGCCCCUCCUUCGCACUCCCAAGCUGCAGCACCUCCAGGGCUCAGCCCUCCAGAAGCCUUUCCAUGCCAGCAGGCUGGUCGUGCCAGAAUUGAGUUCCAGAGGCGAGCCACGGGAGUUCCAGGCGAGUCCCCUGCUGCUUCCAGUCCCUACCCAGGUGCCUCAGCCUGUUGGAAGGGUGGCCUCGCUCCUCGAACACCAUGCCCUGCAGCUCUGCCAGCAGACGGGCCGGGACCGGCCAGGGGAUGAGGACUGGGUCCACCGGACAUCCCGCCUCCCACCCCAGGAGGACACACGGGCUCCGCGGCAGCGGCUGCAGAAGCAACUGACUGAGCAUCUGCGCCAAAGCUGGGGCCUGCUUGGGGCCCCCAUACAAGCCCGGGACCUGGGAGAACUGCUGCAGGCCUGGGGUGCUGGGGCCAAGACUGGUGCUCCUAAGGGCUCCCGCUUCACGCACUCAGAGAAGUUCACCUUCCAUCUGGAGCCCCAGGCCCAGGCCACUCAGGUGUCAGAUGUGCCAGCCACCUCCCGGCGGCCUGAACAGGUCACGUGGGCAGCUCAGGAACAGGAGCUCGAGUCCCUUCGGGAGCAGCUGGAAGGAGUGAACCGCAGCAUUGAGGAGGUUGAGGCUGACAUGAAGACCCUGGGCGUCAGCUUUGUGCAGGCAGAGUCUGAGUGCCGGCACAGCAAGCUCAGCACAGCAGAGCGUGAGCAGGCCCUGCGCCUGAAGAGCCGCGCGGUGGAGCUGCUGCCCGAUGGGACUGCCAACCUUGCCAAGCUGCAGCUUGUGGUGGAGAAUAGUGCCCAGCGGGUCAUCCACUUGGCGGGUCAGUGGGAGAAGCACCGGGUCCCACUCCUCGCUGAGUACCGCCACCUCCGAAAGCUGCAGGAUUGCAGAGAGCUGGAAUCUUCUCGACGGCUGGCAGAGAUCCAAGAACUGCACCAGAGUGUCCGGGCGGCUGCUGAAGAGGCCCGCAGGAAGGAGGAGGUCUAUAAGCAGCUCAUGUCAGAGCUGGAGACUCUGCCCAGAGAUGUGUCCCGGCUGGCCUACACCCAGCGCAUCCUGGAGAUUGUGGGCAACAUCCGGAAGCAGAAGGAAGAGAUCACCAAGAUCUUGUCUGAUACGAAGGAGCUUCAGAAGGAAAUCAACUCCCUAUCUGGGAAGCUGGACCGGACGUUUGCGGUGACUGAUGAGCUUGUGUUCAAGGAUGCCAAGAAGGACGAUGCUGUUCGGAAGGCCUAUAAGUAUCUAGCUGCUCUGCACGAGAACUGCAGCCAGCUCAUCCAGACCAUCGAGGACACAGGCACCAUCAUGCGGGAGGUUCGAGACCUCGAGGAGCAGAUCGAGACAGAGCUGGGCAAGAAGACCCUCAGCAACCUGGAGAAGAUCCGGGAGGACUACCGAGCCCUCCGCCAGGAGAACGCUGGCCUCCUAGGCCGGGUCCGGGAGGCCUGAGGAGCCGCCGGCAGAGGUCUCUCCCCAGCCUCAGGCAGGGAUUUGGGGUGCUGGAGGCAGUGGCCAAGCACAUGCCCUAGCUACUUCCUCCGCUGUGCAGUUCCUCCUGCUGCGGCCUUGGACCCAGACCCCUGCCCACUGACCGCAACCCUUAUAUGGGGUGAUAGUCCAGCAUGUGGGGAGCUCGGCUGCAGUUUAUUGGGGACGGUACUGUGGGUUGGGGGCCUUGGAUCCCAAAUAAAUGAGUAGUUCCUCUGCA